AUGGGCGACCCAGCGGCCGAAAACGAAGCCGACUCUGGAACGGCGACUUCGACGCGUCCGCCGGUAGACGACGCCGACGACCAAAACGACGCCGAACGUGUUACGGCAUCGGGCACCAACUACGAUUCCGGCGAAGCACCGCAGAAAUGCACCAGGCAAGUUAUUUCUCCAACGGCUGCAGCGUUGACUGCCCAUGUAACACAAGCACACACAACAAACGAGGUUGAAAUGGAGGUGGAAAAUAACAAUCCGCCCCCUGACAGGAUGCACAGGAAACUAUUUGAAUGUGAUGUUUGCAAUAUGAAGUUUUCGAAUGGUGCUAACAUGCGGAGGCACAAAAUGCGUCACACUGGCGUUAAGCCUUACGAAUGCAGGGUUUGCCAGAAGAGGUUUUUCAGGAAAGAUCAUUUGGCUGAACAUUUUACCACACAUACUAAAACGUUGCCUUACCACUGUCCAAUAUGCAAUAGGGGUUUUCAGAGGCAGAUAGCUAUGAGGGCGCAUUUCCAAAAUGAACAUGUUGGGCAGCAUGACCUCGUAAAAUCAUGUCCAUUGUGUAGUUACAGGGCUGGAUCCAUGAAAAGCUUAAGGAUCCACUUUUUUAAUAGACACGGCAUAGAUCUGGACAACCCUGGUCCGGCCGGCUCGUCGGCCUCGCUAUUGGCCGCCGCCGCCCAGCAAGGCUUCCCAUUGGACGGCUUGAGUCAGCUGACCAGCAGCCUCUCGGUGAGCGUGACAGGCGGCAACGCUGCAAACUACAGCGACUCCGGCGACUCCACCGGCGCCAGGUCGACCGACAACGCGACGCCGCCCAUGCACUUUUUGACGCCCCACGUGGAAAUUUCCAUGGCCGAUGCCCCCGCCCCCGUGUUCAGUCCGUCGCUGAGUGAACAAGGUCGUUCGAAUCAGCCCGGUCAAAGCGGCGAGAAUCAAAGAGUUAACGGAGAGAGUCCCGGCUCACCUCAGUCGGCGGAUUCGAACUCUAACGCGCCAUCUAGCAGCGUACUACAAAACAACUUAAUGAGAAUAGACCAAGAAACCAAUAUUACACCGUCUAUUUCGCUUAUACCCAUAAAACAAGAGCCUAACGAGGAGUACGAUUCGUCAAAACGAAAUGGUGUUGCAACAUCUCCUUCUGGUAGCGUACAACUGCAAUCGGCGACAUCCAGCAGUCUGAGUUCGUUAAUAAAAGUUUCCCCGUUGAAGAGUUUGUUAAGGGAAGAUUUGAAACGUAAAAUAAAUUCAAGGUCGUCCGCUAGAGGUCGCAGCACGGCGUCUCCAAAUAAUAAUUCCGAAAAUUCGCAAAACGAUGCCAACAAUACCAAUGGUACUAUAACAUCCACAGGUCCGGAACAGCCGUCCGAUUCGAGCCUGUGGCGAACGCUGAGCAAACGUUCGUUGAGCAGUCUGCAGUGCAUUUUUUGCGGCAUCGGGUUCCCGGAUCAGACCCUGUACUUUUUGCACAAGGGCUGCCACUCGGACGCGAACCCAUGGAAGUGCAACAUUUGCGGCGAACAGUGUUGCAACGUCUACGAAUUCAACUCGCAUCUGCUCAGCAAAAGUCACCAAUAGGCCCUUUGAUUUUGAAUUGUGAUCUCAGAGGGCCUAGAUAAUGACAUUUGUGAGGGGUUUUGAGGUUAUAAUUGAUUGUUUAAGGGUUUAUUGGGGGUUGUAUGGCAAAACAUAUUGUUUUAUCAUGAAUUUAUGACAAUAUUGGGUUUAAGUGAGACAUUACGUAUUUAUUUUUGAUUUUCGUACUAUCCUGUGCAAUAUACAGGGUCUUUAUUGCAAAUAUAUCGUUGAAAAUUGUUGAAUUUUAUACAAAAAUCGUUAGAAUGCCUUUUUAGUGCCUAAAGUUGCUAACCCAACUUUUGUAACUUUGAGCUUUUUGAAAAAAAGUGCCUAUGAAAUUCCUAUUACCUGAAUUUUUGCUCUAUAUUCCGUCCAAAAUAUUAAAAAUUAAACUAUAUUGAUAUGUUAUGUAUACAUACUUAGGUUUAUGUAAUAAGAAACGCUAAUUAGUUUUUUAAGAUUUAUUUUAUGCAUUCCAGUAGAUAUAGAUUAAUUUUUAGGGAAAUGUACAGUAUUUAUUAGCUAUUUAAGUAUUUUAUUUCAAAAUUUAUUGUUUUCAAAUAAAAUAUUUACUGUAAAAGUGCAAUUAUAAAAAAUCAGAACUUCCAACAUAAUUAUAACAUUUUUAAGUCAAGACUGAAUUAUUUGCAUUAUUUAAGUCAAAAGCAUUUAUUUUUCGAAGUUCUGGUUUUUAAAAAUUUAUACACAUUCUAAACAUUCUGCCUUUAUUACAAACAUUCCAUCAAAUAAGAAGUGAUUCAAUUUAAAAA